CCAUCUUCUCCCACCCUACUAUAUAACCGCAGUUGUUGUCCGGACAAGUCCAAAAACGUUACAUUUAUUCAUACACAGAUUCCAUUAGAUUGAAUGUUAUGUCUCAAAACGCGGUCCAACUUGCCGGCCUAGUGUUCGGCUUUGCGGGUGCUUGCCUACAUACAGUGGCGAUACUUCGUGCUGAUUGGAGGAUAAGUGAUCCGGGUGGUCCAGGAAAGUCAAUGUCGAAAAGUUGGAUCCAUAUUGAUGGGUUCUGGAAGGAAUGCAUUGGGUACACGACUGGAGAAUGGCAUUGCGAUGGAUUCGGAGAUUUCUUUCUUCGUUUCAGCACUUACUUGAUAUUAGGACGAACGUUGAUGAUUGUCACCAUCGGUUGUGCAAGUCUUGCUGUAUUUCUAUCAUUAGCAGGUAAGUGGUUGAAAUAA